AUAUUUAUAAAUCUUGAUGAAAUGCCCAUUCUUUGUAAGGUGAUGCCACACGGGUAUUUGUUGUCUCCGUUUUACAAACUAACAACGUAUCAAGUUAUACGUUCACAAUAAUACGUAUUAAUAUGUAAUUUCUAAAAUUAAAGUGAAUUUAUCUCUUAUACAAUUUAAACGCAAUAAUAUUUUUUAGGGCAUCUCAAAUAAUUGUAUUAGUGUUCUUACUUUAAUGGAACUCAUUUAUAUAAGAGGUAAAUUCACUCUAAUUUUAGAAAUUACAGAGUAAAAUGUACUAUUAUGAACGUAAAAUGCGUUAUGUUCUAUGUUUGUAAGACAGAGACAACACAUGCCCGUAUGGUGUCCUCUUGAGGUUAAUCUUUUCUACGGAAGUGCCCUAAUCCCAAUUACCUCCCUAGUCCCUGCUAGCUUGACAUAGACUCAUCGUUAAUGGAAGCCUGUUUAUCUAAGGUUGAACGGUGUGAUAUGAUAGUAUUAAGUUUAGUAUAACUGUCAACCGUCUAUUAAAGUUGGAAUUUUAAUCUCUAAAAUUAUUAGAAUUCAAGACUCAUCGCCUUAAAAAAUGGACGACAUUGAAAGUAUGUCUGACGAUGAAAACGAACAUUUGACGUAUGAACAACAAAGAGAAAAAAGAAUGAAAAAAAAUGAAGAAAUGUUGGAUAUACUUGGUGUAAAUCAAGCUGCAGCGACAUUAGUAAACAGUUUAGAAAUACAGACGACGCAAUCAAAAAGAAAAAUUAAACCGAAAAAUAUACCAGGCACAGUAAAACCUUCGAGACGUUCAUUAAGAUUAGCUAAUUUGCCUGCACCUGAAGAUAAUCAUCUCUCUGAGGAAUCUAUAUUAACAUCUGAUAGUCAUACAAUUCCUCGAAGCCAUGAUUAUCCGUAUGAAUCUAAUUUUAAAAAUAAAAGUUCCAUAUCAAUACCAGAAGAAGAUUCUGAUUUUGUUGAAAAACUGAAUGAUGACUUAGCCAUUAAAAAACCUGUUAAUGAUUUCCAUGUGUUACCAAGUCAUAAAUUUGUACAUGUGUUGAAAAGUCUUGAUAUGUAUACCCCAUCACUAAAAGUGUGUGAAAAACGUAUCUACUCUCUUGCUAUUCAUCCUUCGGAAACAUCUUUGAUAGUUGCAGCAGGUGACCUGAGAGGAAACAUAUCCUUGUACAACAAUAAUAAUUCAGAAUUGCGCGAGUAUAGACUUCAUGAUGCUCCUGUUAAUUGUAUUUCAUUUUGUACUUGGGAUCCAUAUAAGUUGUUUUCAACUAGUCAUGAUGGGACAGUCAGAUGUGGUGACAUUGUUAAACGAACUUUUGAUAUUAUCUAUAAGACAGAAUGGAAAGGUCAAAGUAGUUCAAAACCGAAUCAUGCCACAUGGCACACUGAAUUUGAAAGAAAUCUUCUCAUUGGGAGUGGUACUGGUCAUGUAGAUAUGGUUGACACACGAACACCAGAUAAAAUUAUUAAGACUGCUUGGUGCCAUGAAAGGUCUGUGCGUACAGUUCAUUGCCACCCAGUGGAGAAACAUCAUUUUUUAACUUCGUCUGGAAUUGGAGAAGUUUCCUUGUGGGACAUAAGGAAUGUGACUACCAAAAAAAUUGAUCCAGUCUUAAAAUUUGAACAUCCUAAAUCAUUGACAAGUGCAUUUUUUUCUGCAUCUGGUACUAAAAUGGUGUCUACAUGUAAUGAUGACAACAUUAGAAUCUUUAACACUACUAUAUUAAAUUCAAGUGCUACAAAACCCAUAAACGUAAUUCCACAUAACAAUCAUACAGGGCGAUGGCUUUCAGUAUUCAAAGCUAAAUUUAAUCCUGGAAGAGAUAAUGAAUUCUUCGUUGGAUCAAUGAUAUCACCAAAGAGAAUACAAGUUUAUAAUUGUGCUGGACAUGUAUUGCACAAUCUAAUGAAUCCAAAUAUGAGUACAUAUUGUUCAGUCAUCGAAGUACAUCCCACUCAGGCUAUUUAUGUUGGGGGAAAUGGAUCUGGCCGUUUGCAUAUAUUCAGCACCAAGCAACAGCUAACAUAAAACUUUUCUUUACUACAUUUUUCAAUAUUUAUACUUUUUUAUACUAAUAUAUAAGCAAAACAAAAUUUUAAAAUAUAUAUUUUUUACAAACACAAAUCAACAGAUUUUUAAGGCUUAUGUUAUAUGUUGCCUAUUUAAAGUAAAAAAAAUUCUCUUAGUGAUAUAGUAUAUAAUAUAUACAUAAUAACAUUUUUAUUUAGCUGUUGUAUUGUUUUAUAAAUUAUAACAAUAUAUUGUAUUGUAAAAUGAGAACUGUCAAAAUUAAUUAUUAUGUAACUGUCUUAAGUUCAAUGUGUAAUAACAUGUACAAUGUUUAUUUUAAAUGGCACUUUAAAUUACAAAUGUGUGAUUGCCUUCCUAAUUAAUAGUACUACCUGUAUUUUUUAAUUUAUUAAUGUAACCCUAAAAUUUUGUGAAAACAUCAUCUAUAUCAUAAUGCAUUGAGCAUUUGCAUAAGUAUUAAAUGAUAAAAAAAUAAAAUUAAUUUGCAACAAGAA